UUGAUCAUAUGCUUAUCCAUUAGUAAGGAUGUGCAAAUGGAAGUGGGGCUUUUGAGAGGCUUCUCUUGCUCCCAUUUGCCUGCUGCUGCUGUAAAAGAGGCUUACUAUUGUGGACGGCAGUGCUAAUUGCAGACAGAGCCAAAUAUUUAGUGACAGUUUUCAACCGAUGAAAGAUAUGAAGGGCCAGCCUGGAGAGUUAGAAGUGUGCUCUUCUGUGUUGAUUUAUUUUUAUUUAUUUUUUUGGUUUUACUUGAUUGAGAGUGGCCAGUGAAAGUCUCCAGCCGAAACCGUUUCUCCACAACAAUCCCCCUUCCUUCCCUCCCCCAACCAGUCAUAUUUCAUUGCUUCCCCAGAAAGGGAGAAUAUCCUCGGUCAGGACAGGAAUAGAACGCGAUAAAAAUAAAGCCAGAGGGAGUCAAUAGAUAGAAGAGGACAGACCCAGCCAAAGCCGUGUCGGUGGGAGGGACGGAGCGAGACGGGCGAGGGAGGAAGGAAGGUGUGGAGGAGGUGGGAUGGGGGUUGUUUCAUGCCGCGCAAGAGCUGUGCAACUUCUUGGCAGCAUUUCAGAAAUGAGCCUCAGAAGCUUGGCGAGCCGAGCAGACAUAUUGAGACAAGGAUGGCCGCUGCGUUGCACAAAACCUAGUUCUUUGCAGGAUGGUUGGGAGGCACCUCUCCACAGUACUGCCCCCGCAUAGUGGCCAAGGAACCCAGUAUGAUAAUCCCCCCUGGGGACACCUGCCAGCCAACAGAAGUGCCACAAGUGCUGCAUCUUCCACCAGUCCCAGUGGCUGGGAUCAACUGAUAAUUGACCAGAAGGACUCAGUGGCUUGGCCUUCUAUUACCCUCGGUCAGAGCCAGGCUUCUGCAGUAGGAUGCCCUUUGGACACUGACCCUGGUCACCUGACCACCAGCAGUAGUAGUUCAAGCAGUAGUUGUAGUGCAGUGAGCAUGGCCACGGGAGCCAAUAGUCAGACGGGCCACUUCCCUGCCAAUCAUCUUAACAGCAAAGCCAACAGUGGGCCUAGCCCUGUUAAUCAUACUGGAACCAGCAUGCUGUCUAGCCAGGUCGCAACCAAUCGCAGUUGGGGAUCGGGGCCAGGACCUUCUCAUUGCCCCCCUCAAUCCUCAGUGGGCAAUGAAGGGAAGUGUGACAGCCCAGUGGGAGGAGGAGGAGGCAGCAGGGGCUGGGGUUCCUCUUCAUCGUCCUCCACCACCAACUUUAACUUGAACCUAAACCCUAAUGCCAACCCAUCUGCAUGGCCCAUGUUGGGGCACGAUGGAGGAAGCACAGGGGGAGGCAGCUCAGGUGGAGCCAACACCAUUUCAUCUCCUCAACCUACAUCUAAUCUCUGUAACCCUCCAUGCCCCCCACCAGCCCAAACCAGUGCCUGUUCUGGAGCCAACAAUAACAGCAAGUCUUCUGGGAUUGGCAGCGCAUGGGGUACCAUAAUGACUUCUGAUGAGUCGCACCUCACUCCAUCCACGAAUGUGUCUUUCAGUUCUGAACCUCAAAACCUUAAAACUGAUGGACCAAAUCAGACUAAAAAACAAGAACCUCCUAGCCCGAUCCAGAACUUGUCUGGUUGGGGCGGCACACCUGUAGGCUUGGGUCCUAUGGGGCAGCCUCAGCCGGCGGGUUCACAGGUCAACGGAGAAGAUGGUAACUCUCUGUGGGGUAACAGUGGCAAUGCAAAGCCAACUUCGUCGAAGGAAGGGCCCGGCUGGGAUUCUGCUUGGGGCAGUGUGGGGGGUGGAGCGGGAAACUCUGGAGGCUGGGGCGAACAGUCCAGUGGAGACUGGGGGAAGCAGCACAGUGAAGAGGCCCAGGGAGGCUGGGAUGCUCCCAGCUCUCCUCCCCAGGAUUCACAAGCCAAUACUUGGAAUAGAGCUGUGAGCACAGCUGCCGCCAGCGAAGGGAGCAGCGACAGCAUGGAAGGAUAUUCCCAACGGAAAGAUUGCCCAAACAGAGAAAAAGCAGUCCCUCUGCUCCCUGCCCAGGAUCUGGACCCCAGGGUGCUGUGCAACACCGGUUGGGGACAGACCCCUGUACGCCAGCACACAACCUGGGACAUGGAUGAUUCUAAACGCAAGAACGGCGCUGGCACUGAAUCAUGGGGCUCCGGCCCCACCGCGUCAAGUGAUGUCCAGGGACCCUCAAACACUAACACAGGCCCUACUCAGAGGUCUGACUCUGGGAACAAAAAUGAUGUGCCUGGUUCACAGGGACCUUCUGGUUGGAGUGGAAGCAUGGCUGCUUCACAUACGCCCAGUUCUAGUUGGGGAGACCCACCCACCAAUGUAAAGCACCCAGUAGGGCCUAGUGGAUGGGGCAACCCUCCAACAGGAGGCCCCUCCAGCAGCAUACCCAAGAAUGGUGCUCAGUCUUGGGGGGAGGAGAAGCCUUCUGGGUGGGAUAGUUCACAAGGCAAGUCAACAUCCCAGGGCUGGGGAGAGCAACCCAAAGCGUCCAACUCCUGGGGCAACAGUGGGGGAAGCAAUAACACUGGGGACUGGGGAGAGCCGGAAGAAAGUAAAAAGAGUUCCUCUGGCCCCGACUGGGAAGGAGAAUCAGGAAACUGGAAGGAAAACAAGCGAGACUGGGGAAUGUCUUCUUCAGGACAUGGAGGUCCUGCAGCCGGAAGCAGCGGAGGCUGGGGUGACUCCGCACCGCAGCGCCCAUGUGGUCCCGUGCCAGGCUGGAUGGGCAAACCCCAAGACGGGCCCAACACGAACAGCGGAGCAGGGACCAUGGGCUCUUGGGUUGCCCCGGCCCCUGUGAAGCCAGGCGCAGGCUGGGGCGGCGGUAAGAAAGAGCCUUCAAAUGAGCCGACAGGCUGGGAAGAGCCCUCGCCGCCUUCAAUACGUCGCAAGAUGGAGAUAGAUGACGGGACCUCAGCCUGGGGCGACCCCGGUGCCUACAAUAAGGCAGUCAACCUGUGGGACAGGAACAACCCUGGGAUGGUCCAGGCUAAAGUUACCACAGGAGGUAAUAACCCUCCAGGUCCUAGCAGCAACCACCCCCACGCUCACAAUCACUCGUACCAUGGGCCGCCUGCACCUCUACAGAACCACAGCCAAAACACUCCAAACCCAGGCCCUGCCAGCGGGGCGAUGGAUCCUUCGGUCCAACACCAGUCUGGGACGUCUCACAUCAGGGCUCCUCUGAUAGCUCAAGGUUGGGGAGAGCUCCCCAGCUCCCACACGAAACCUGAGAGCUCUUGGGGAGAACCGGCACCCUCUCCAGUCAGCGUGGAUAAUGGCACAUCUGCUUGGGGCAAACCGAGCGGCGGCGCCGGAGGCUGGGGGGAUGGCAACCCAGACAACUACGGCAGGAGCAACCCAGCGAUGACGACAGCACCUGGCAAACCUGCCUCCAAACCUAUGCAAGAUGGAUGGGGAGGAGGAGGUGAAGAGCUCAGCCUUUCAGGGGGUCAGUGGGAUUCUGAGGAGGGAGACAUGUGGAACAGCACGGCCUCCCAGGAGAGCAACUCUUCCUGUAACUCCUGGGGAAACGCAGCCAAAAAAGGCCCACAGAAAGUGAAGAUACCAGGGAAGCAGGAAGACGCCUGGAUCAUGAAGCAGCUCAUCAAGCAGCUCACAGACAUGGGCUUCCCUAGGGAUCCAGCGGAGGAGGCUUUGAGGAGCAACAAUAUGAACCUGGAUCAGGCCAUGAGUGCCCUGCUGGAGAAGAAGACCGAGCUUGACAAGCGCGGGAUCGGGAUCGGCGGCCACGACUACAACAACGGGCUCAUCAACAAGCCCAUGAGUUGCGCUCGGCCUCCGCUCCUUUCCAAAGACUCCUCGACAGAUCCUCGCCUGCCCUUCAUUGAUAAGAUGCAGAGUGGAAUGUUUGGUGGUGGUGGAGCAGCACAAGCCCGGGCCAUGCAGCAACCGCAGCCGCCUCCUCAGCCACCAGUGCCGCCUCUCAGCUCCUCUCAGCCUAGUCUACGUGCUCAAGUGCCUCAGUUUCUCUCCCCUCAGGUUCAAGCACAGCUCUUACAGUUUGCAGCAAAAAACAUUGGCCUGAAUCCUGCACUUUUAACCUCACCAAUAAACCCUCAACAUAUGACCCUUCUGAAUCAACUUUACCAGCUGCAACUGGCAUACCAGCGUUUACAAAUUCAACAGCAAAUGUUGCAGGCACAGCGCAAUGUUUCUGGCCCCAUUCGGCAACAAGAGCAGCAAGUUGCACGUACAAUCAAUAACAUGCAGCAGCAAAUCCAACAGCACCAGCGUCAGCUGGCCCAGGCUCUGCUCAUGAAACAGCAGCAACAACAGCAGCCCUCCCACUCAGGCCUGCACCCUGGUGGGGCCAAAACCUCCCUGGACUCGUAUCCAGGUCACCCCCAGACUACAGUCCUCUCUGACCUGCAGACCAAAGAGCCGCAGUCAUCCCCCAGCACCUACAGCCCCUACGCUCUCUCUGGACUGAAUCCAAACAUGAAUCCAAACUGUAUCGACGUGGGAAGUCUUCCUCUUAAGGACCCGCCUCUACCGCAGUCCCGCCUGUCCCAGUGGACACACCCCAACUCCAUCGAAAGCCUUUCUGGAAACUCGUCUCCUCUGGAGCCCAACCUGGGGAAGCACGGUGCCAACCUCGGCCCACCUGGAAAACCUCCCCAGAUAGACGACUCUUACCACCCCUACAAUCUGAUGUCAAGUUCAGAGUCUCCUACCAGCCCCUUGGUUCCUCCGGAGAGCUGGGGUCAGGGCAAGAACAGCAGCGACAAGAUGGCCAAUGGGACCAAUAUCAACUGGCCUCCAGAGUUUUGUCCCGGUGUGCCCUGGAAAGGCCUGCAGAAUAUCGACCCAGAGACCGACCCCAACGUUACGCCGGGCAGCGUCCCCAGUGGACCUACGAUCAACACCAACAUCCAAGAUGUCAACCGCUACCUGCUCCGGGACAGGAGUGGAGGCUCCUCUCCCACCUCAUCUCAGAGCGAGGCUCUGCCUCCGUCCACCGAUUGGCCAGUCAGUGCCUACACUAGCUCGUUCAGUCUUUCGUCCUCGGACGUGGACGACGCAGGCAAACUGUCAGACAUGAAAUCAACCUGGUCUCCAGGUCCCAUCGCUCACAGCCAGGCGUCUCUCUCCCACGAGCUUUGGAAGGUCCCUCAGGGUCCGCGGAGCAGCGCCGCAGCUCCUUCCCGCCCCCCGCCCGGCCUCACCAACACAAAGCACUCCUCCACCUGGGGCGGAAACUCUCUGGGCCUGGCCCAAGGAUGGAGCAGCUCCUACACCUCAGCAGGUACCACCUGGAGUACGGACAGCUCCACCAGGACCAGCAGCUGGCUGGUUCUGAGGAACCUGACUCCACAGAUCGACGGUUCGACCCUGCGUACACUGUGCAUGCAGCACGGACCCCUCAUCACAUUCCACCUCAACCUGACGCAGGGAAACGCUGUGGUUCGGUACAGCUCCAAGGACGAAGCCGCCAAAGCUCAGAAGUCCCUGCACAUGUGCGUGCUGGGGAACACCACCAUUCUAGCCGAGUUCGCCGGGGAAGAGGAGGUGAACCGCUUCUUUGCACAGGGCCAGUCGCUCGGCGGGACGACGAGUUGGCAGGCCACCCCGGGAACCAAUCAGACCAGGAUGGGCGGAGCCGGAUCUGGAGUUGCUCAUCCCAUUGGUCACUCGCCCCACUGGAACAACAACAACAACGGCGGCGGCGGCGGUAGCGGCGGGCUCGGAGCAGGCGGAACAAAGACGGGAGGAGAGUUGCUGUGGGGAGGCGUUCAGCAGUAUUCCAGCCUGUGGGGACCCCCGAGCGGAGAGGAAGGACGGGUCAUGGGGAGCCCCACACCAAUCAAUACGCUGCUGCCUGGCGACCUGCUGAGUGGAGAAUCCAUGUAGGAGGGGGAAAAAAACUGACAAAGAGGAGCAAAAACCUUGCAAAUCAGUGUGUAGAUAAUCAAGUGAAGAUAAGGAGGAGUGACAAGAGGGAGGACAAGGCUUCAUAUUCGCUGCUUGGCUUUGUCCGCCUCCUCUGCUCUUUUUGUGUUUUUAAAGGACGUUUCGGUUGCAGUUCUUUUCUGUGAACUUGGAUCCCAGUGUUUCAUUUAUCGAAGAGAAGAGAAGAAAAAAACAUUCUACAAAAACAGGAAGUGGCUGUUUUUAAACGAACUUGAGUCAAAACUGACAUGGCAACAAGCUGCCAUCUUGAAACUGGUGUGAUCCUUCGCUGCCUUUUCAGGCAAUCAUAAUGCACCUCAGAGAUUCAUGGAGAAAGGCAUCAUUCCCAAAGUAUAAAAACGGAAGAAAAAAAAACCCUUCAAUCAGAAUGGUUGUCACACUGUCAGCCGGUCCGGAUCCGACUUUUUGUUUCUAUCAGCACUAAUAUUAGCCUUAAACUGUUUCCUGCCCUGCUAUCCACGCUCACUCUUUACUCGGUAAAGAAGCUUACGGAGAACUUGCACACCCUUAUUUCUGAGCCAGUGAAACCUAAGUGGAAAGUACAUGCUGCUGCAGCUCACAACUUCAGUGCAUUUUUUUAUUUUAUUUUUUUUAUUUUGCAGUCGGAUCGAGUCCCCCCCCCCGCCCUCCCUCCUCAACACAUCGCUCAAAGGGAAUGAUGCAACUCUGUGCGCCUUGUUCAAGCCAUUUAUUUUUGUAGUAUUUUUAUUUUUUAUUUUUGAUGAUUUCCCUUCUUGAACCAUUGGCAACAUAGCUUAGAAACGAUGUUAUUCAAACGUGUCUGUCAAUCUUAUCUGGUGGGAGGAUGUACAUAUGAUGCUAUGAACCACCGCUAAUACAAAGGAACUGUAAAAGACAAAACACUUUGAUGCACCUCAGCCUACCUUUGGGCUUCUCGUUUUUCGCAGUUUGGUCUCAGACUGUCUCAGCGACAUUUUGGGAGAAAUGGGGGGAGAAAAAAAACAAUAAAACUCAAAAUUGUUCCUUCCCCUCCGCCGCACGCCCACUCCACCUGCAAAACUCACCAUUUCAAGCGACGUGCAAUAUAAGCCACAGACGCUACCGUCCAAGCACCCGACGACUGAAAGCAGACUGUAAGGAAAGAGUGAACUGCGAACACUUUAUCUGCCCUCAGAGAGAGAGGAUAAAAAACUGCCACUACUACCCUUUAUCUCCCCUUGGAGAGAGUGUGAACUCAGGAGAGUAGCAAGCUGGUCUUCAACCAUUUUCUGUCCAAGACACAAAGGACUUCAAUACAAAGCACUUCUUCAGCCAGCCACCUCUCCAUAAGACUUGUGUGUGUGUGUGUGUGUGUGUGUGUGUGUGAUUUUAUGUGUGUAUGUUUGGGAAGAAGGCAACAAACCAAAUUGAGAGGAGCUUGUUUUCUUUUCCCCUCACCCAGAAGACGAGAUCAUGUUUUGUUUUUUUUGUUUUUUUGUCCAUGUUGGCUUCGGUUUAGGCAAAGACUUGUGAAUAGGUGGUCUGUUAUAGCACUUAUCAAGAGCGCCGCUGCUCCUUAUACCCUCAAUGCCAACAAACAGAAGAAAGGAGGAAGCAACACUGGCAAAUAAGAGAGAAAAAAAAACUGCAAAAGACUUUAAAGCAAUCUGCUCAGUGGCUUCUCUGUAUUUGUUUUUUAACUCGACAUGGAUGUGAACUUUUUUUUUUUUCCUUCUUAAGUCAGUGGGACCAGAGGAUGUCAAACACGGUAGCAAAGUGAAGGGGAAAUGCAAAGAAAACUCAAAAAAAAAGCCCUCAUCCUCACCUUCUUUUUAUCAAAGUAAUCAUCACUGUUAACGUUGUAACUUAGCCUUGGUGUCUGGGAACGCUUCAGCCGGAUCCGAAGGGAGGCUCGCCAUCUCGUCCUUUUUUUAUUAUUAUUAUUUUAUUUUAUUUUGGAGGCCCCGCCAACCGGUGUGAUAAGUGUGGCCAAUGAGUGCCUGCCUGCUGCAGAGAGCAGAGCUGCAGCAGCCCUCACCUCUCCCUCCCUCCCUGCCGCCGUCUCAUUCGCCCGCCUCCUCCCUUUGCGGAUCCCUCUUCCUCCUCCACCUUCGCGCCCAGAGGAGCUCAGAAAUGGCUACCGAUGCUACGCCCAGAGCUUGUCCUCAGCGGGCAACGCUUCCGCUGUCUUUCUCUCCUGCAAACAUCACUUUAGUCAAAGAUCAAGUCAUUAGAUGAGUGCUUUUCUUUGGGGCUGUAUUUACUGAAUUGCUAUUGUGCGUUUUGUUUUAUUGCUGAAAUACGACAGUUUCUGAUCAUAGGCGUGGGAUCGGUAGGAGGCUCUCAUAACCUGGGAGAAAAAUGCCAUGGGUUUCCAGUAUCAAGGUAGCAGAAACUAAGAGCAGAAAUUAGUAACAUGUUCCAAAUGCUUUCAGAAAGCCAACAAUCGGUGUGACUGCUGCUAAAACAGAAUUAUAUUUUAUAGUCCUAAUUAUUAUUUAGAGCUACGCAAUGUUAAGAAAACAUAAAAUUUAGACUUCUGCUGUUGGCUGUUGUGAUGAUAUCGGUUGGAAAUAACUCCAUAUUGUUUUUGGUUUUCUGUUUUUCCACUGUCACAAUGUUCCUGUCGUCACUCUCCUUCAAUCGCUGUCAGUAACAUUUCCAUCAAAUUGAUCAAACUCCAUCCAUCUUGCGGUUUUGCGUGUAGCAAUUGCGCGAUUUGGUAUAUCGUGCAGCUUUAUUGUGUUUUCGAUACCAUUGUUUGUUAUUUCGAUAUAGACCUCACUAAUCUGUUUUGUAUUUUGAAGUAUUAAGUGUUGUUGUGCAGAAUAUUGAACCAUUUUGUGCGUGUGUCUGCUCUUAGUGCAACAAACUGGUUAUAAGUCAGGCUAUCUGCUCUAGCCAGCUUGCAGUCGACUGCCUUACAGGCACAUUUAGCUUUUCAACUGUAGUUAAACUGCAGUAACAUACCUCUCUUUGUCAGUGAACGCGACUAGAUUCAUACUGUGCCGAACCAGAGAAAUACAGUCCCGUAGGGCUCAUGGGAGGGUGAUAAUGCACUGUUUUAUACACUGUCUAUUCAGUAGAAGAAGAAAAUUGACAUUUAAAAAAAACAAAGUACUGAUUUCCCACUAGGAUACCAGUCCAGUUUUUGUAUCGUUGUACGAGAUUAAUUUUCCAUGUGGGAAGAACAGCAGUGGGUGAGAGGGCCGACUCUUAAAAACCGGUCAUCGUUGUUCACUGUCGUUUUGGCGCCACCCUUUGGAAGGGAGUAUUAUGUCCGCUGUCGGCACGCACAGCCAGCGCGGUCCCAAAAAUCCGGUCUGCUCCGCAGAUCGUCCUGUCGGGCAACAGUUAUGUCGCAGGUUUCGCUGUUGAGUGGACUGGGUUGUACGAAUGAAGCCUUAAUAACACUGGUGGUUGGUACACCUUUAGCUUCCAUGAGGUGUUUAUCCAUAAUUUCCGCAACUGGAAAUUUGGUUUCGUCUAAGCAGCGGAGAGAUGUAGUAGACAGCUUUCAGCCAGCUGGUGGCAGUGCGCAGCAGCAGGUAGGGGAGGGUCAAUGCUGUGUUGAUGCACUUCCUUUGGCAUCCUAUUAAAAAGACGUGCUUUUUUUUAUACUAUUUCAAAACUGGUGUACCUUGAUACUGGAAACCGGCCCAUGCCUACUUUCUGAUUGUUUGAGGGUUGAUUUCAUUGCUUUUAAAAACUGGUCUUUAUGCAGUGUUCAGCGUCCCUCCUCGGCCCUUCCUGCCGCCUCCGAAGCAGAACCAGCGAGCAGUCCGCCGGCGCGCGCAGCAGAUGGUUAAAAGCGCAGUCCGACCCUGCGUGCAGUCAGCCUAUCCGGGGGUGGAUGGGCCUUCAUUCACUUUGAACUCUGGGAGCGCUCUGUCACACUUGGAGCCACCUCGACUGACAGCAAGCCUUCCACUUCUAUGCAAACGACAACGGAGGUGUUUGUCCGCGGCCAUCCUCUACAUCUGCCAGUCUCCACUUAUCUCACAACUUGUACUACCAGGCAGCUUCUUCUGAAACCUCACCGGGUGAAAGUGGAGGAGACACUGAAAGAGACUCCCGCCUCUCUUAGACCGACACUAAAUAACCUGCUGGAGAUCCUACGUGUUCGGCUGCCGCUCCGUCUAGUCUGGUGCCCACUGCAUUGCUGGUAUCUACUUCCACUUUCCUCACAUUGUCCUUUUACGUUCGACGAAAGGAGUCAUUGCUGCUGGGGCGUACCCAUCAGGGCACCGGAGGAGCAGAAGGUCAGGAAAGACGUUGCUGGUCUUUGAGGAACAGUGGGCUGGAAUAUUUUUGUUUUUUUAGCGGCUAGUACGAGGAGGGGGUGGGGAGGGAGGUCCCUGUAUGUGUCUGUGCACUGUUUAUGGGUCACAUCGGGUACAUCUCUUUAGAAACCAAAAACAUUUUCUUUUUAUCAUCGAGAUUUUCACAAAAACUCAAAAAAACAAAACAAAAAAAAGAAAAUAAAAAAAAAAAACAAAGUUGCUCGCUCAGAAGCUGAGACGCACCUCAAGUUUGGUACCAAGUCUUAAAACAAAUAACUUUUGGGGACUUGCCCUCUUCCAGAGUCGCCUUGGACGUGCAUCGUUCAACAAAAAAAAAGAACAAUCACUUUUUGCCUGUGCUGUUUGUUUGUGAGAUUGUUCCUGAGAAACCUGCAUUAAUUAACUCCACACUGGACUUAAAUCAUGGAGCUGGUGUUGAAGUUGUGGAGGGAAGGGGAGGGACGGUGGGUCAAGAGGGUCAACUCUCAGAUGUGGAUUUCUCGGCGCAGCACCAGCACUGAGAGCCUCUCCCACACCCUCAUCUGCACUCUUAUCUACCUGUAAAGUGUCGGAAAUAGGAUGCUCUCCCAAAUCUUUAAACAAAAACAAAAACAAAAAAAAAGAAUUAUUUUUGAAGGCAACUGGAGCUCGAGUAAAACCUGCUUCAUAAUCACGGAUCAGACACGAGUCUGAGCAGGGACCCAAGGAAUCAAAGGACCGGGUGGAAUAUGCACAUGCUAGCUCAUACACCGUAUACAACCAAUAGUACAUGAUGGAUGUGUGUGCGUGGCUAGACUUGACCUGUUUCCCCACUUAACACCCUUUGCUUCAUCCCUUCCCAUUUAUGUCUCCCCAGAAGACGAGAUCAUAAACAUAUCAGAGGAAUACAGAAUAAUGAGAACAAAUACUUGAAUCAAAAGAAGAAGCGCCAACAAUGUAAUGUGAACACUUUCUUUGUCUGUGUGUCUGAUUCAUACACUUCAGAGAUUUUUUUUUUGACAGCAUCUGUUCAGAGUUACUAAAAUUUGAACUGUUUUGAAAGCAAAGAUUGAGUAUAAAGGUAAAUUUUACAUGUUGUCGUACCAGAGUGUUUGCACAAGGCUGCUUGUACUGUAUGAAUGAAUGUCUGUCGGGUGUUAAAAACCGUGUGCAGGUGCUCCUCAGUACAUUAAAAAGGACGUCAAAGCUGAAUUAUUUCAGUAACUUUAAGUUUAAAAAAAAAAGUGAAACUGAUUUAUUACACAGAGUGAUGCAUUUCAGUAAUGUAUUUCUGGUCAUUUUGAUGAUUAUCUAAGUUGGAUUUAAGUGCAGACUUUGACUAGGCCACUCCGAGGCCUUUUUUUGGUGGGGGCAUGGAGGGGGUCCUUGUGUGCUUCAGUUCAUUGUCUUGAGCAACUCAAAGCUGCCUCUGCUGAGGGUCUUGAAUUGAGAUUUUACUUGAGGAUUUCAGCUUGGUUGACCACUGGCUCAUCUUUUCUCCUUCUGUGAAAUAUGGCUUUCAUGGCUGUUCGCUCAAGUCCCAAAGCCUUACAAAUAUCCUAAACCUUGCCAGACUGAUGUCAGUAGCUGCGUUUCCAUUACAAACGUGCAAAACUUUGUCGAUUUACUGUUGUUGAAAAAACACAAUUUCACGUUUGCGGUGUUUCCAUUAGCUAAGAAAUGCAAUCAAACGCGGUGAGUCAUUAAAAAAACAUGGCGAUGACGGAGGUAAACACGAGAUAUUCAGAUUUCAGCCACCGCACUGGUGCUCAUCAUCAGCCACCAGAGAAGAUGUUGGUGUCUUACAGAGGCGUUGCCCCCCCAUCACCAGUAGUAAGAUCCGGUUGCGGAUCACGUUACUCGUGUGAUGCAAAAAAAUUGUUUCCAUUGCGGUUUUGUGAAAAACCACCUCAUCCUAGGGCAAAAUGUUUUAUUGGAAAACGUGAGGUUUUUUUUCCCAUUAAAGGUACAUAACCAUGUUAUUUAAGUUUUUUACAUCCAUAGCUCACUCUGGUUGCAUACAAAGGAUUUAUGAAAGAUUUUCACGUCCUCCUAGCAUAUUAGUUGUUAUUUUUGGUGUUUAAUGCUUUCAUUUUCAAAAUUUUUUUUAGUUAAUAAAAACCUUUGUGUAUAUUUACAACAAUGGAAGUACGACAGGGUACAAACAAGGAAGCUAACUAUCACCGAAUUGUGGAAACAAUGAAGAAAGUUCCAAGAUCCAGUGUAAAUAAAAUAAUAAUAAACAAAAAAACUGAAAAAUAUGAGUCCAAGAGGGAAAAAACUGGAAUAGCUCUGGGAAUACAGCAUGAACGUUGGUGUUCGCUUAAGCGGAAGCUAAAGCUGCCGAUGUUCAGAUGUGACCGCAGAGUUGAUUGACGUGAGUAAACGUCCUUAUUAAUACUGUGAUAAUGGUAAUAGCAAUGCUCUUCUUAGCCUCUACAGUCUUAAGUACAAACAUAAAUAGAUUGAUCGAUUGAUUGGUUCUUACCUUGAUGCUGUGUCCCUGUUUCUGUUUAUGAACAGGAAUUUUCUUUUCUCGGUGAUGUUCUGACAUGAGGCUCUUGGAGUUGCUGCAUAUCGGUUUAUUUAAUUAAUAACGAUCACAAUGAGCUGCCGCUUUACCGCGAGGCAUUGCAGAGAGGUCAGGCUCAGUCGGCAUUUAGUAGUCGCCUUCUGGUUUUGUGAUAGUUCUGCGGUACUGCCUGCAGAUGGCGCCACGUCAUUUAGACUAUCAUAACACUAUCAGGAUGGAAGCUUGGUGUAUAUAACUUUAUUUUAUCACGAUUAGGUGGUUUUUGGUCUUUUUUUAUAGGCGUAUAGCAUGGCUAUGUACCUAUAAGCAAAUUUAUUUUCAUAAUUACAAUUUUUGCAAGUUGAUGGUCAGUGGAAACGCAGCUAGUUACUUUGUUUCUCAUCUGUUCUGGAUUUUUUAAUUUGUUUUUUAAAUGUGAUUGGGGGAUGUUGUGUUGCUUUUAGAAGAUUUUUGAUUUUAUUUUUUUCCUGUCAUGCACAGACAGAUACUGUUUAGGUAAUUUCUAGACAAAUUUGAACUCAGCUUUCCAAAAAAGGUAGUUAAGAGUCCUAAUUUGAGGGGAACGGAGAUUGAUUAUUCACAUUUGAACACUGCUUUUGUAUAUCCUCAGUAGAUCUUCGUCUUGACAGUAAAGCUAGUUUGAUCUGAAAGAUUACAGUGACAAAAGAGAAAGGAGCAAAUUCUAGCUGUUGACUGUGCUGUUUAAAACGGAUAUUAAUGAAAGAGGAAGGAAGGGGAGGAGGUUAGAAAAACAAAAGGGAUAAUUACCUGUAAGUCAUAUUGAUCAAAAUGACCGGACAUAAACGCUAACGAAAUAAAUCACUCUGUAUCCAGUAAAUCUGUUAGUUUCUCUUUUUCCUAUUGCGUUCUGAAAUUUUAAACUUUUUGACGCUAUUCUCCUUUAUUGAGAUGCACCUGUAUGAGAGCUCGUGAUUACUGCGGAGGACGUCCUCCGCCUCGAAUUUCUUUUCGUUUCAGUAUACUUUUUUUUUUUUUUUUUCUUGUCAGAAACUAUAUUGUAAUGUUGUAACUAGCCUCUAGCGUUGCACUGAGUGUCGGCCUCGCCCCUCACCCAGCUACAUGAACAACAUGAUACAAGUACUGAGGGGGAAACCGGGGGACAGUUCAUGUGUAAAUGUUUACUCAAGGACUAAAAUAAGUGUGUGGAUUUUUUUAAUGUAAUGUUUUAUCUACCUUAGUGGCUUUCAUUGUGGAAUAAUCCAAGAAAGUAUGGAUCAUAAUUGAGUAUUGCACCAUUUUUCAGACUGUAAACCUUAAAAAAAAGAAGAAAAAAAGCAUAUAUGUAAAAAAAAAAAAAAAAAAAAAUGCUGCAAAAAAGUAUUUUACUGACCUGUGGCCAUAGAUUGGGGGUGGAGGGACUUUAACUCUCUCGAAUCUGAGCAAACGGAGAGUGAAGGAUGAGACAUCAGACUGAGCCUUGGUUUCUAGGGCUCACCUCAGAGGUGCCUACCUUUCUGUUUUAUUUUUUUAUUUUAAGUCCUGUCAUUGUUUUUUUUUUUUU